AACUGUUCGAGAAGUGCCGAGGUUACAUAAGGCAUGCGCCGGUAGUUGAUUAGGGCUUGGAAGAAUGCUGCUGCGUUUCCGAAAGGGAAAACUCCAUCGUCACCACCACUGUCACGAUCAAAGACUCGUUAUGACCCGAAACCAGAUAAAUACCUUUCUUGAGAGUGUUAGUAUGCCCUCAUGAUCUUCACACCCUCUCACAGAACGAUAGCCCACACAACGUAUACUUCGUAAUAGUUCACCUGGUCCCGCUUACAAUGCAGUCACUAUUCUCAGUUCUCGAAGAUGCAGCACACUUUCACAGCGAUCGAGGGAUCGUAUUCUACCCCGAUGGGGUAUGCAACAGCGAGAAGGCGACCCGGAUUACCUACCGAGAGCUCCACCGUCAGGCGUCGACCAACAGCACAAAGAUUCGGCAACGGAAUGGCUAUGCGCCCGGCCAGAUAGUCCUACUGCAUCUGGGUCCGAACAACCAUCUCGACACAAUCAUCUGGUUCUGGUCCCUCAUCUAUGCCAACUGCAUACCAGCCAUGUCUACCCCUUUCCCACAAGAUCAGGGUCUUCGCCUGAACCACUUGCACCACUUGCAGAAAUUAUUGCAAGAUCCAGUUUGCCUCACCAGACAGGCCCUUAUAGACGAGUUCCCAACCGAUCUCACAAUUCCGCUCGAGACCAUUGAACAAUUCCAAGAUAUCGGCACCGAGUCACCGACCGAAGCCGCAAGUUCGGCUCCAACAAGCGAAGCCCCAUCUGACAUCGCCAUCCUAAUGCUCACAUCCGGCAGCACAGGCCCAUGCAAAGCCGUGGGUCUAACGCACCAACAGAUCCUCUGCUCCCUGAAGGGUAAAUGCGCUGCGCUACCCUUACGGACUAAACAAAGUGCCUUCCUCAACUGGAUCAGCCUAGACCACGUCGGAAGUUUGAUCGAGAUCCAUCUCCACGCGCUGUUCGUUGGCGUCGAUCAAGCGCAUGUGUCCCCAAGCGAUGUGAUUCAAUCCCCGCUGUGGUUCUUGAAGCUCCUAGAGCAACAUCAAGUCGCAAGGACGUUUGCACCGAACUUCUUCCUGGCGAUGCUGGCACGCACGCUAGAUGCGACCGCAGCGGGAAGCGCCACGUUCUUCGACCUCCAGCACCUGCAGUAUAUCGUAAGCGGCGGCGAAGCGAAUGGGGUGGGUGUUUGUGCCCGGUUGAGCGCGUAUCUCUCCCGCUGCGGGGCGGCGGAGAUCUGCAUCGUGCCGGGGUUCGGCAUGACGGAGACUUGCGCGGGGUGUAUUUACAACCUAGGGUUUCCGGGGUAUGAUCAGCGGCACGGGUACGAGUUCGCGUCCCUGGGCUCGUGCAUCCCCGGGGUCGAGAUGAGGAUUGAGUCCGCCGUACCGGGGGAGGUUGGUGAUCUGGAGGUGAGGGGGCCUAUUGUCUUCGCAGGGUAUUUCAACAAUCCCGAAGCGACGGCGGAGGCCUUCCAGCCUGACGGGUGGUUUCGGACGGGAGACACGGCGUUCCUGGAUGCAAACGGGUACCUCAACCUCGCUGGGCGGACAAAUGACCUGAUCUCCAUCAACGGGGUCAAGCAUAAUGCGUUAGCACUUGAGCUCGGCUUGAACGAAGCGCAACUCCCCGGAGUGAUUCCGGGUGAGGUGGUGUGCUUUGCGCAUCGCGGCCCGGGGGUGGACACUGAGCAGGUAUAUGUUGUCUACGCGCACAGCUACAGCUCGCACGACGCGAGGGCGCGUUAUGAGACGCUGACGGCAAUCAGCCACAAGGUCUCGCUCAUGACCAACACAAAGCCGUGCGUCCUCCCUCUACCUGCCCUCGAGCGAUCAUCGCUGGGGAAGGUAUCCCGGUCGAAGCUGCGAUCCCAGAUCGCCUCGGGGGUGUAUACGAGGGAGCACGAGCUGGACGCAGCGCUUCUCCAAGCCCAUCGACAAGCCACGUAUUGUCCUCCCAGAACCGAAACGGAGAAGACCGUCAUCCGAAUCCUUUCGAACAUCAUCCCGGAUACCCACCCCGACAAUCUGGGUGCCACCGCCAACCUCUUCGAGCUGGGUCUCACCUCUCUAAUCCUCGUCCAAAUCCAACGCCAACUACAAGAUCAACUUUCGCUGGACGAGCCCCUCCCCUUGGCUACUAUCAUGGCCCAUCCCACGGUCCAGGACCUCGCUACAGCCCGCGAACGAGCCACCACACACGAAUAUAACCCGGUGGUGACCCUGCAGCCGCACGGCGCCAAGCCCCCGCUCUGGCUCAUCCACCCCGCCGCGGGCGAAGCCCUCGUCUUCCUCAACCUCGCCCACCUCAUCCGCGACCGCCCAGUCUACGCCUUCCGAGCGCGCGGCUUCCAUCGCGAGGAACCCUUCUUCACGAGCCUGGACGAGUGUGUCACAAUUUACCACGCCGCAAUGAAGAGACUCCAGCCCGAGGGCCCCUACGCGAUCCUCGGGUACUCGUACGGCGCGAUGGUCGCCUUCGAGCUGGCCAAGACCCUCGAGGCCGAGGGCAGUGAGGUGCGGUUCCUGGCGAGUCUCAACCGGCCGCCGUAUGUGAGUCCGCGCCUGCGCCAGGUGCAGUGGCCGGAAUGUUUGGUGAACAUUGCCUUCUUCCUUAGGAUCCUGGAGGAGGCUGUCGAAAUCGUGCUUCCUCAUGUCGAUCAUACUCGGAUGGUUGAAUUAGGGCUGGAUGACAGGAGUCUUGCGAGGUGGAUUGACGUGGCGUUUAGCCUACAGGAGAUUGGCAGGGAGUAUCGGCCGGGCGGGACGGUGGCGCAUAUAGAUGUUUUUCACUGCGAGCCCUUGGACUUCUUGAAUGUGGGUAAAGAGGAGGGGUUGCGGCGGCUGGCGGCUUGGGAGGAGUUUGAAAGGGAGGAGAGCGAGUACUAUGAAGUUCCGGCCGAGCAUCACUCGGUUUUAGGAGUAGCACAUGUUCAGCGAUUCUUUGUUAGGCUGGUCGAGGCCCUGGCUGCACGUGGGGUUUAG